GUUUAUACCUUCCAUUUCUCGUCAUCCACUUCUCUUCUACCUUAGCCGUCAUCACCGUCAUCGCCGCCGAUAGCGCCGUCUCAGCCAUAGCCACCAUCGAGCCCCUGGCUUCAUUCAUUGACCGCAGCACUAAGAACAAAUCAGUUCCAAGUUUGUGUUAGGUUGCGUUCUGAGAAUAGGGCCUAAAGAAGGUUGUGUUUUCAUGGGCUGAGCAAUUGUGGAGAAAGUUGGUACUGAGAAAGUAGAUAAAGUUACUCCCUUAAGGUCAUUAAUAUUCACAAGUCCACUUCUUUAGUGGAAAGUUGGUGCGAAAAGCAAAGAUUGCUGGUGAUGAUAGAUUGGUGUGGGUACGCUACUCAUUUGCACUGAGUGCUACAAAUAUAUAAUCUUGCUGCUGUCAGGCCAUUGGUGGUUGUUCCUGGCUCAUCAUUACUACUAAUCCACAAACCAUGAAAAUAGGUACCAUGUGUCGAAUUGCUUGUUCUUGCCCCACCCUAUGCAGAAAUACCAACUUUUUACAACAUCGGUGUUUUCAACCUGACUUUGUUCCGAGAGAUCCCAAAGCCAAGCCAAAGAGAUACAAAUACCCUGCUUUCUAUGAUCCAUAUGGACCGAGACCUCCACCUUCGGACAAGAUUGUUCAGCUUGCUGAAAAAAUUGCAUCCCUGCCUCCAGAAGAGCGAAUGCAAAUCGGCCCAGCACUGAGGGAUAAGGUAAUGCAUCCUGUGUUGCAGUCUAUUUCCGUUGAAGGAAUAGAUUUGGGUUCCCAAGUCGGGGCACGUGCUGGAUCUUCUAAAGCUGAGGAGAAAAAAGCUGAGAAAACCACUUUUGAUGUGAAGUUAGAGAAAUUUGAUGCUGGUGCAAAACUAAAGGUGAUCAAAGAGAUUCGGUCCUUCACAGAUCUAGGAUUGAAGGAAGCCAAAGAUUUGGUUGAGAAAGUACCAGUCAUUCUUAAGCAACAGAUCACGAAAGAUGAGGCAAACAAUAUCAUAGAGAAAAUCAAAGCUGUGGGUGGAGUUGCAGUGAUGGAAUAGUAGGGUUUUUUCUUAUUUUGUCUCACAACCCAAUGUUUAUCUUUUUCAUAGAUGAGUGGAAUAAUUAGUUUGGGACUCGCUUCAUAUAUUCACAACCAUUAGAGCUCAAGCUAAAUAGUUAGCUCUCUCUGCAGGACAAUCAAUGGAAUUCCAAUUUUUGGUAGAAAACUAUACACCUACCUCUCUUUUCUGCUGCAGUAAUCCAACCCUUCUUUACA